GUGUGUGUGUGAGUGUGUGUGUGUGUGUGUGUGUGUGUGUGUGUGUGUGCAGAUGAGACCACCCUCACCUUUCAGUUGCCAUUUGUCCUACACACUGUGAAUUCUGCACAUGUGUACCAGUACCUUCUACAGCAGAAUGCAUUGGUGCAAUGCAACAUUAUACGUGUGUGUGUGUGUGUGUGUGUGUGUGUGUGUGUGUGUUUAUUUGAUGUAAUGGACAUCCUUGAUUCCUAAAACUUCUGGAAACAUAACCUUUGUUCAUAACGUACCAUGUGACGGCGCUGGUGAAUUCUGGACUGUGAUUGGUCAGAAGAGAAACUGAUGGUUAAUUUUCUGCAGCUGCAGAUCGCAGGAUUAUAUUAACGCGCUCGUUCUAAUAUGUCGUCUGGCAGCGUUAAGACGUUUGCAGCGGUUUAUACGGUGAAGAAACGUUCUGUGAGGAGACGUGUGGAAGGAGUCUCCAGUGUCAGUGCUUUCUAACAGUCAGCGAUAACGUCAAGUUUUCCGAAAAAGGAAGGAAGGCGUUCCGUUUAAUUUCGCGUUAAAUAGACGUAUGAACGGAUAAAAAGAAGUAUGAUGUUCUUUACCAAAUCAUCGUGUGUAAUCGUUGCCAAAUAGCUGCGGUGUAAGAGGAAUAAAACACUACAGGGACGUGCUGUUAGAGGACAAGAAUCAAUUUCAGUUACUGAAAACAGGAACUUUGUGUCCGGACGCGUUUGUUUCCUGCAACCUGCUUGUUUCUUAGCGCUAGAUUACAAAUCUGGACAUUAAACACGAGGUCUAAAAGCGUGAUACCGGGGGAAGGAGGCGCCGGGUCGGGCCGCUCCGACGUUAAGAGGUCGAUGGAGAAACCUUUGAAGAAAGGCUGGCUGAAGAAGCAGAGGUCGAUCGUGAAGAACUGGAAACCGUGCUACUUUGUGCUGAGAGGGAACAUCCUGACGUACCACAAAGACGACAGAGAGAGCACCGUACAGGGAACGAUACCGCUGGGGGCCAGUCAAGUGAACGAGCUUCCCUCAAACACAGAUGACAAAUUCAUCUUCGAGAUCAUUCCACGAAGUAAUGGGGACCGGGAGCGUGAUGGCUGUGUUCUCAUGGCAAGCAGUCAGAGCGAGAUGGAGGACUGGGUGCGGCUGAUUCGCCGGGCCAUCGGAGCUCAGAGCAGCGGAGUGUUCGGGAAGGGUCUGGCGGACAUCAUGGCCUACGAGAAGAAGCUCGGGCCUCGCUCCGUGCCCAUGCUGGUGGAGAAGUGCGCCGAGUUCAUCAGGGAGCACGGGCUGGACGAGGAAGGCAUCUUCCGUCUGCCUGGGCAGGAGAACCAGGUCAAACACUUCAGAGAGGCUUUCGAUGCUGGAGAGAGACCUUCAUUUCCUGCUGAUACGGAUGUCCACACGGUAGCGUCUUUACUCAAGCUGUACCUGCGCGAGCUGCCUGAGCCGGUAGUGCCCUGGACUCAGUAUCAGGACUUCCUGGACAGCAGCGUGAUGCUGGACGCCACCACAGCAGAGGGGAAGGAGAAGCUGGAGAAACAGAUCAGCCUGCUUCCUAAAGCCAACUACAACCUCCUGAGUUAUAUCUGCAGGUUCCUGUUUGAGGUGCAGCAGCACUCGAAGGUGAAUAAGAUGAGCGUGGAGAACCUGGCCACGGUGAUGGGGGUGAACCUGUUCAAGCCGCAGGUGGAGGACGCGUUCAGCAUGAUGAAGGGGACCCCGAUGAUCCAGAAGGUGAUGACGGUGAUGAUCAGGCACCACGAGUUGCUCUUCCCCGCUGUUAAAGACGCUGCUCCGUCUCCUGCUCCUGCCAAGAAGCUGAAGAGCAAAAAAGCAGCAAAUCCUCGCAGUUUCGUGGGCUGGGAGUCUGCAGAGUGCGAGAUGUCGUCCUUGUCCGAGUCUCCAGAAGAAGAGGAAGUAGACGCGUUUGAGGCCGAGAGGUCAGCGUCAAAUGCUGCUACUUCUUCUUCGUCCUCUACGUCCCCCGCAUCCCCGCCUCCGGUGGACACGCUGAGUGCGAGCCCGAGGAAACGUACGCAGACUCUGCCCAGCUUGGGUGGCAUGCCUGGGUUUAGACCAUCCCGAGAACCAUCCUGGGAGCGCUGGAGCUAUCUGCAGGAAGCCUUGGACGAGAAGGACGAGAAGACGUUCUCCGAGGACAUCUUCAAGAUCCUGGACCUUCAGAAGGUGACGCUCUUUCCAGAAAGGCAGAACAGCAAUGGGAGAGAUGAAGGGAAGGAGGCCACUCAGGAAAGGAGGAGUAGCAAUGGUGCGGUUAAACCCGCAGAGCUUCCGCAGUUGAAAGUUGAACCUCAGGCCAAGCCCAAAGAGAACUCGAAGCAGAGUUCAACGUCUCUGAGCAGGGAGGAGAUUGUGAAACAGCAGCCACAGAGCGUUACCCAGAAACAGGCGGACAACACGACGGACCAGCUGCAACUUAUUACCAGUCUCCAGCAGACGAACAUGGAGCUGAGCGCGACCGUGACCAAGCUCCAGUCAGCACUGGAGGCGGAGCGUCGCUGUAAAGCCGCUCUGGAGAUUUUGUUGCGUAACGCCGAGCGCAGCAGAAACGAGGCCCUGAUACGUAACGAGCAGCUGGGCCGCGAGAUCCAGGCGUUAAUCAGUAAAGCCAAACCAAUGUGAACGCACGCUCGGACAGCCGACCAGGUGACUCCCACGUGAGGACGGAUCCAUGCAGUCUGAUCCGAUAUGGAACUUCUAUUGGGUUUACUAACCAUCCGGCUAUUUAUUUCCAAAGGAUAUUUGAGAUGCCUAUUUAAACAUAGAUGACGGACAAUAAUAUAUGAAACAAUAGUAUUUUUUCAUUAGGUAAUAAAUAUCGUAUCCUCACAGCGAGGUAAAAUGUUAUCUCGCCAUAUCAGUGGAUUUAUUAUCGGCUGGUACCGAUACAUGCUCGGGAAACGAUGCUUCUCUGCCGUUUGUAUUGUAGAAAUUUACAUUUGCCACCGGACGAAGGCACAAAAGGUCGAACGAUGACAAAAAUCUCGUUGUAAUGAGACUGCUGACGGUGAGAGAGAAUAUUAACGGACUUACGGUGUUUUAGAAUUUGCUUUUUAAGCCAUUUCUUCCCAAAAUACAACGCAAGCUCGCUACGGUGCCUGUUGAUCUUCGACGGAAUCGAACUGAGAAGUAUGUUUGUUUUUGGAUGUGCUGCGAGCAGAAACUUUGUUCUUUAAUCUCAGAAUAAAUUUCUAAUAAAAUUCAUUUCACUGCGUG